GCCGUCAUCAUGUCAUUUAAAGUUCCGGUUACAAUUUAGGGAAUUUUGUUGAAGCAAUAUUUUAUUUUGCCAAUUACACACUGAUUUAUUAUGAAAAAUGGAUUGGCAAUUAACGUGUCGCGUUUGUCUGGAAACAGGCGACAUGGUUUCACUAUUUGAUUGGGACGAAAAUAAUGAACAGCUCGGCGACAAGUACACCUACUGUUGUGGCGUGGAGGUGUCCAAAAAUGAUUCGUUACCGACGCUGAUAUGUUUAAAUUGCGUGGACCGUCUUACAUACGCCUGCCAGUUCAGAAAACAGUGUCUAUCCUCGAACGAAACUUUAAAAGAGUGUCUCGAAGAAUUUUGGAAUACUUCACAGGCUGUUUCUGUGAAUAAAGGCGAAGAAUCAAACGAAACUGAGACAAUUACAAUCAAGCAGGAAAAUGGACUCCUAUUGCAAUAUGAGUUGCCAGUUGAGCACGAUCCGCAAGCUAAAUGGACACGGACAAUUAUUAAAACUCCCUCGAGUACAGUGGUUACUAAAGCACCAGGCCAAAGGAAGAGGGGGCGACCUAGGAAGUAUCCUAAUGAACAGGGGCAGAUUGAUGUAUCUCCAUACCAACGUAAGAAACCAAAGCAGGAAACAAAAGAGCCUGAAGCAUUGACAACUCUACUGGCAACCGGAACUUUGGCACUCAAACAAGAACCUGAGGAGCAUGAUGAUGUUUUCCCAGAUUUAGACGCGGACGCCGCAGAUGACCCCGACUUCACACCCGAGAUGGAUGACGUGGAAUCAGAACCUGAACAGAAAAAAGAGGCCCCACCUCCAAAGAAACGCGGCAGGCCUCGCAAAGCGCUCCAAGAGAGCCUGAAGCCCAAAGACGAAGAAAGUGAAGACAUGCUAUUGAAAGAAACCAUCAUGGCUUUCUCUGAACCCAUACCGGAUCACAUACUCAAUCCCAAAGCAAAGAAACGAAAGCCGCAGCCUAAAAAGAAAUAUGUUUACGAGAAGACACAUGUAUGUGAAACGUGUGGAGCAUCUUUCACGUCCAACGCAUCGCUGCAAGCUCACAUACGAAGACAUUUGGGUAUCAAGCCAUUCGUGUGCAGCGUUUGCGGUUACGCUUGCGUCAUGAAAGAAGCGCUGAAGCGUCACAUGCUGAAACACACGGGCGAGAAGCCGUACAAGUGUCGCAUCUGCGAUCGACGGUUCACCGACUACGGCACCCGGCAGAAACACGAGAGGUUGCACAUGGGCCUGCGUCCAUACCAAUGCGCAUUAUGCGGCAAGUCGUUCACCUAUUCCUACGUGCUGGCCAAUCACAUGCUCACGCACACUGGCGAGAAAAAGUAUUCAUGUGUUCCGUGCAAUAAGAAAUUCACGAAGGCUCAUCACCUCAAGUACCACAACAAAGUGCACCACAAAGACAUAUACAUCCAGCAGCAAAUAGAACAGGAGGCCAAGAAGAUAAGGCAACAGUUGAACGUAACCAACAUAAGCGGAGUCGUCACUGGGCAGAUUGUGGAUGGACAGCUUCAACUCAUCCAAACCACUUCUGAAGACGGUGAACACGACGCACAGAUGCAAGUUGUCGAAGAACUCGAUGAAGAAGAAGAUACCGAAGAAAGGGAGACAGAUCGCGCAGUGGCGAAUAUGCAAGGGGUUGUAUUAGACGACGAUUAUACAAUAGUGGUGGACAGCAAAUAGUAAAUUAUUUAUUUAUUAAUAGUAGCAAUCAUCAUGAAAUAGUUUUUAAUUAAUGCAUUAAUUAUUUGAUAGGUUUAAGUGAAUCUUGUUAGUUGAACAUAUACUAUUGUUUAAUAAAAAGUAAUACUUUAAAAAGAGAUGUUACGAAUAAUGUGUCAUCAAUAGCCCGUAACAGUCCACUCCACUGGACUAGAGGCAGUGGCGUGCGUAGCGGGUAUGAACGUAUGCAGACGAUAUAAAAAAAAACCUGUGAGGGACGGAAAAAAACGGGACGCCUGGCAGAUGUGAAACAUCGAAAUUGUUUGCUGUAAGUUA